AUGUUCAAUCAACUGGGAGGCGGGAGCAGCAAUCCUAACAAGGAUGUAGAAGUAGCGUCUCCCCCGGACGACACUGUGUCGGCGCUGGAGUUCUCUCCGCCCUCGGUUCCACAGACAUUUCUCGUAGCGGGCAGUUGGGAUUGCCGAGUGAGAUGCUGGGAAGUAGAAGCUUCAGGGAAAACAGUACCGAAAGCGGCUCAAGGCAUGGACGGUCCCAUUUUGGAUGUAGCUUGGCAUGAUGAUGGUUCUAAAGUAUUCAUGGCGUCUACUGACAAAAGUGUUAAGUGCUGGGACCUUGCCGCCAAUCAGACAAUACAGGUGGCAGCUCACGAUGCUCCAGUUAAAACCUGCCACUGGAUCAAGGCUCCCAACUACACCUGCCUCAUGACUGCCUCCUGGGACAAGACCCUGAAGUUCUGGGAUACACGGAGCUCAGUGCCAAUAAUGGCAAUGAAUUUAAAUGAAAGGUGUUACUGUGCUGAUGUUGACUAUCCAAUGGCGGUAGUGGGCACAGCCGACCGUGGCAUUUGUCUUUAUACUCUCGAGGGCAAACCAGCUGAGUUCAAGCGAGUAGAAUCCCCUCUCAAGUACCAGCACCGCUGCAUCGCCAUCUUCCGCGAUAAGAAGACCAAGCAACCCACGGGCUUUGCACUUGGUAGCGUGGAGGGCCGUGUGGCCAUCCAAUAUGUGAACCCCGCCAACCCUAAAGAUAACUUCACGUUUAAGUGUCACCGGUCUGCCGGCACCACUGGAGGGUAUCAGGAUAUCUAUGCUGUAAAUGAUAUAGCAUUCCACCCAGCACACGGUACAUUGGCUACUGUGGGAUCAGAUGGUUCAUUCUCUUUCUGGGACAAGGACGCUCGGACCAAAUUGAAGUCAUCGGAAUUGAUCGAUCAGCCACUGACUAAGUGUGCGUUCAACCACAGUGGACAGAUAUUUGCAUAUGCUGUGGGCUAUGAUUGGUCUAAGGGUCACGAGCAUUACAACCCAAACAAGAAGAACUUCAUUUUUCUGAGGCCGUGCUUUGAUGAUUUGAAACCACGAUCAACUUAAACUGUACUGUAAUUUUAUAUCGUACUUUUAAAUAAAAUAGAUAUUACAGAA